GAUCGUAUAUUCAUGAAGACCGGGAGUGAUCUCGUCUCCGUAUCGGGCUGCUUAAAUGAAUUCGAUGUGAAGCAAACAAAAGCCACAGUAGACACACAUAUAUAUAAUUUUUAGAGUAGAGGGACACGAGGAAGCCGGAAUGGAGAACAGAUCGGUUGAUGUAACAUAUGAAUAUAAUUCAUACACUCUCUUAGGAGUGUUGCAUGACACUGGGACUGAGUUUACUCUAGACGAUGACACUGUUGGAGAAGAAUGGAAUGCCGGUACAAGUAGUAUUACCUUCAGCUUCACACAUGAUAAUUUUCUGAGAUGUUAUAUUAUAGACAGAAUUUCGAAAAAUAUCCUUCAUGAAAGAUGUGAUUUAACAUUACAAGAAUGGAUUAACCAUUUAAAACGUGAAACGAUCAAUCCUAUUGCACGAUAUCCCAUCCCACAUCGUCAAGGACCUACUAUCCCAAACCAUACGGCAAAUUACGUUCCCAAUGAGUACAGGAAGCUGAUCAAAUCAAUGGUGACUUUUCUUGUUGAUAUUCAUGAUGCUGGAUAUUCUACCGCUGGGUUUGGCAUGCCCAACAUUGUAAUAAAAAAUGAAGUAGUGAAGUUCUGGAAAGUCCAAUUCAUUACAGCGUCGAUGGGAUCGAAGAAUAAUGAUUUCAUUUGUCUGCACCGAGUUGUGGAAUCUCUGUUCUCAGGCGAACAACAUCUUCAUCUUCCUCGGGAAAUGCAGCACUUUUUGGAUCUUCUUAUUUCUGGUACUCAAAGUGAAGAUGAAUACUUAAUCUCAAGACAUGUUGCAAUCAUGUCACAUGACGAAAGAGUAUCAUUCUUCACUGAUUGCUGGGAAAGACAGCAUUCAUUACCGAAGAACCAGCAAGGCUGUUAUAAGCGUGCAACCAGAGGUUUAGGUAGAAAUCAAAAUUGGACUGGACGAAUUUCCGACACUUCACUUGGUCCUCUAUACGAUUGCUACGACUAUCAUACAAGAACAAAUGGAGGAUUUGAUGAUCGAAGCGGUAAUAAGGAGAGAAUCAAUAGAGAAUUAAUUAAAUGCUGGCGGCACUUGGGAACUCAUUUAAGAGAAAAAGGAAAAACUUAUGGAUAUGCAUUUAAUGACCGGGAUAUCGACGUGAUGGUUAUGCACGUAUUUGCGGACAAAAUAGCACAGUUUCAAAAACUACUAUGGACGAAUGAUGGUAUUCUAACAGAAUUCAGGUCAGGUGAGUAAAACUGAAGAAUAUGAUGCAUCAGUUACAUUUGACAGCUCAACGAACUCCCUUUUUUUCUUUUUUGUGUGCGCGCGAGUGUUGUAUUAAAUCCAAUCAUUUGUUAAAUUAUGAAGGAUUUCCAUUUUUGCUUUUUGAUCUAUAAUAUUUACGGAUUUGAAGACUGUAAAAUGUUGUGGCUGUAUUUUUCAUAACUGUAUUUAUGCUCUCAUGGAUUUCUC